UGUUAAAAUAAUUCAGUUUUUACUCUGAUACGAACUCUUUAGAUCAAUUAACUAAAUUAGAUGACGUAGUUUUAUCUUGUAGCAAUUCAGUUAUGUUCAUGUUACAGUCAUUUAUGUACGGUUUCUUGAUUUUAUUAAUACUCGCAACAACAUCAGCGGUCGACAAAAACAAUUUUAAAUCAUGCGGACAAAGUAGUUUUUGCAGGCGCUUGAGAAAUUUCAAGCCUGGAACGAUUUCCUACGUUUUAAAUUUAGACACUUUACACGUUGGUGAUAACUCAAUAGAGGCCGAUUUGAAAAAUGUGGAAGCCGAAGCUGAUUUUAGAUUCACUUUGACUUCUCUUGCUGGAAAUAUAUUCAGGGUGUUUAUUGAUGAAGUCAAGCCUUUGCAUCCCCGGUAUCAAGUACAGGGGGCACUUAAUGGCGAGCCACAAGUGGCCAAAUUGGAAGUUUUAGAGCGCACAAAAGACAAAGUAACGGUACGUUCAGGCGAUAACAAAGCAGUCGUCACAGCAAAUCCUAUUAAAGUUGAGUUUUUCAAAAAUGACGCCCUUGUGGCUGUUAUCAAUGAGAAGGGGUUAUUCAACAUGGAACAUCUCAGGGCUAAGCCUGCCGAAGGUGAAGGGGAAGGGGAACAAGAGGUGAAGGAAGACCCCGGCGCUUGGGAAGAAAAUUUCAAGUCUCAUCAUGACUCCAAACCUAGAGGACCUGAAGCAGUGGGUGUUGAUGUCACUUUUCCAGGAGCCUUCAGGAUUUAUGGGCUGCCUGAACAUGCAGAUAGGUUGGCUUUGAGGAGCACGGGGCCUGGGGGGCUUGACCCUUACCGCUUGUACAAUUUGGACGUUUUUGAGUAUGAAGUUGACUCCACUAUGGCCAUCUAUGGUGCUGUCCCGGUGGUCUAUGCUCAUUCAGACAAAAACACAGUGGGCGUUUUCUGGCACAACGCCGCCGAAACCUGGGUAGACAUCAGCAACAGUAAAGACACAAACGUUGUUUCCUCCAUCGUAAACCUGGUCUCAGGCCACCAGCCUGACAACGCCGUUGACGCUCAUUUCAUGAGCGAGAGUGGCGUUUUCGAUAUGUUUGUUUUAAUGGGACCUAAGCCGAAAGAUGCCGUACGACAAUACGCCUCUUUGACCGGUGUUGCCCCCUUACCACAAUACUUUGCACUAGCCUACCACCAGUGCCGUUGGAACUACAACGACGAAACUGACGUGAUUAACGUCAUAGAUAAUUUCGAUCUCAAUGAGUUACCUGUCGAUGUUAUCUGGCUAGAUAUUGAAUACACCGAUGGGAAAAAAUAUUUCACGUGGGAUCCGGUUAAGUUUGCACAUCCGAGCGAAAUGAUUUCGAAUUUGACAUCAACUGGCCGAAAGUUGGUCGUUAUUAUUGAUCCGCAUAUUAAGCGAGAGGGUGGUUAUUUCCUCCAUGAGGACUGUCUAGCCAAUGACUAUUACGUUAAAAAUAAAGACGGCAAUGUUUACGAAGGUUGGUGCUGGCCUGGGUCUAGUAGUUACCCGGAUUUGCUCGAUCCUAAAGUCCAGGAGUACUACAAAGGUUUGUACGCUCUGGAUAAGUUCAAAGGGACGACUCAAGACGUCCACAUUUGGAACGAUAUGAACGAACCGUCGGUUUUUAACGGACCGGAGGUCACAAUGCCGAAAGAUUGCAAACAUUACGGAGGCUGGGAACAUAGACACAUUCACAACAUCUACGGGUUGCUUUAUACUGAAAUCACUUAUGCCGGUUUGAUUAAGCGGUCAAGUGACCGCAGGCCGUUUAUUUUAACAAGGAGUCACUUUGCCGGAUCUCAGAGAACUGCAGCUGUUUGGACUGGAGAUAACGCGGCAGAAUGGUCGCAUCUCCAGGCCAGUUUUCCAAUGUGUUUAUCCGAGGCUUUGGGAGGGAUUAGUUUUUGUGGGGCUGAUAUUGGAGGCUUCUUUAAUAAUCCUGAUACCGAGUUGUUGCAAAGGUGGUACCAGACCGGGAUCUGGUUACCAUUUUACCGUGCCCAUGCCCAUCUGGACACAAGACGUCGCGAACCUUACCUUUUCAAUGAAGAUGUUCGUACUAGAAUCCGAAACGCUUUGAGACUACGUUAUGCCAUUUUGCCCCUGUUUUACACCUUGUUCAGGGAACAUGAAACGACAGGGGAACCUGUGAUAAGGCCACUAUUUUACGAGUAUCCUACUGAUACUAAUGUUAUCGAUAUCGACGACCAACUUCUAGUCGGUGACCGGAUUUUGGCCCGACCUGUGACGGAGUCCGGCGUGUCUUCCGUCAGUGUUUACCUGCCUGGAGGUCCUGAACAAUUUUGGUACGAUAUUGAAGAUUUCAAACAAUAUCACGGAACUGGCGUUGUUAACAUACCGGUGACUUUAGAUAAGAUUCCUGCGUUUUAUAGGGGUGGCACUAUCACCCCACGUAAAGAUAGGCCGAGGAGGUCGUCCACUUUAACACAUCAUGAUCCUUACACACUUUACGUUGCAUUGGACAACAAUAAAUCUGCGUCCGGUACGUUGUAUGUAGAUGACGGUGAAAGUUUUGGUUAUCGUAAUAAGAAAUACUUGUAUUUGAACUUCGAGUUUAAGGACAAUACUCUGACCAGCAGCUUGAUUGAUAAAACUGAUUUCCCUACUGAUGCCUGGAUCGAGCGAGUGGUCAUUUUAGGACCGCCUGAGAAAAUCACCAAGGCUAUUUUAACGAGCAAUAGCUUAGGUACUGUUAAUUUGGAAACUUCUUACGACGGUGAAAAUCGGUCCUUGGUCGUUCGUAAGCCUGGUGUUAAUGUUAGAGAGCCGUUUACGUUGAAACUUCAUUAAAAUUUGUUGGUUUAGCAUUUUUCUUAAUUUUUAUUUAAUACGUAGAAUGUUUUUUAUGUGAUACUUCCUUCCAUCGUUGUGCUACAUUUUGUGUCAAUAAAGAAAUUUUACAGAGUUAUAAAUACUCAA